CCCAUCUCCUGUCGCCGCGCUCUGCGCACCCGCCGCCCUGCGCGGCCAUGGGGACGCUGCUGGCCCUCGUGGUGGGCGCGGCGCUGGUGUCCUCAGCCUGGGGGGGCUGCGUGGAGGUGGACUCCGAGACUGAGGCCGUGUAUGGGAAGACCUUCAAAAUCCUGUGCAUCUCCUGUAAGCGUCGCAGUGAGACCAGCGCCGAGACCUUCACGGAGUGGACCUUCCGCCAGAAGGGGACAGAGGAAUUUGUCAAGAUCCUACGCUAUGAGAACGAGGUGCUGCAGCUGGAGGAGGAUGAGCGCUUUGAGGGCCGUGUGGUGUGGAAUGGCAGCCGGGGCACCAAGGACCUGCAGGACCUGUCCAUCUUCAUCACCAACGUCACCUACAACCACUCUGGCGACUACGAAUGCCACGUCUACCGUCUCCUCUUCUUUGAUAAUUACGAGCACAACACCAGCGUCGUCAAGAAGAUCCACCUGGAGGUGGUGGACAAGGAGCCUCUGCCGCCUCCUUACACCCUGCCCGGCCCCUGCAGCCAACAGAGACAUGGCGUCCAUCGUGUCGGAGAUCAUGAUGUACGUGCUGAUCGUGGUGUUGACUAUAUGGCUGGUGGCGGAGAUGGUGUACUGCUACAAGAAGAUAGCUACUGCCACGGAAGCCGCCGCGCAAGAGAACGCCUCGGAAUACCUGGCCAUCACAUCCGAGAGCAAAGAGAACUGUACAGGCGUCCAGGUGGCCGAAUAGCGCUGGUGAGGCUGACGGACCGGCCUGGGCACCGCCAGCCAGGAAGGUUCAAGGACUGGGUCUCCAAGUCUCCACUUCUUACCCUGCAGGCCCUGGGCUUCACCUCAAGGCAGAACCAGCCCUGCCGGGUACCCUCUCCCGGCAGUGGGGAUCGGCCCCUGAUGGGGACCCUCCCCGCGGCAAUAGGAGUCAGCCCACCGGCCUCCCCACCUCACAGUCCUGCAGAGGAGCCACCUGGGUGGGAGCGGGCAGGGACUGAUCCCACCUCACCCACCGCCUCCCGCCCCCCUCCCACCGCCAUGCAUGAUGGGUGAAGCAAUAUGGCCGCCCCACCCUGCUUUUGCUGCCUGUUUGGGGAGGGGGCGGUGAGGCCAGGGGGCAGGCCCCGCCCCUUCUCUUGCUGAUUUGCACAUAGGCCACUUCCCACACGCACUGCCAGGCCGGCCGGCCCCAGCCCUGCUUGAGGGGGUCAAGAGUGGGGGCCGGGACAGGGACGGUCGUGGCCAGGGGGUUCCGGGCCUCAUCUCCCCUCCGCUUCCUCCGGCUGGACCUGGGGUUCCCUCUCUGUGACACCUCCUAGCCCUGGCCCACCCGCCCUCUCUCACCAGCCUUCACUUGUGGUCUCUUGGGAAGGGCCUCUUCGGCCUCCUCUCUCUUUACAGAAGUAGUUUUUGUUCAUGAAAUAAAGAUUCUUGGACUCGA